AUGAGUUCAGUUCAUCAGGAGAGAUCAGAGCCAGAGCCAAGCUGUGUGUCUAUGAGGAGUGACCAGUCUAUGGAUCCUCCAAAACAUUUUAAGAAUGGAGAUAACCGAAAUGAACUCAGUUCAUCUGGUCAGGAGAGAUCAGAGUUCAGCUGUGUGUCUGUGAUGAGUGACAGCCCUCAAGUCAACACAUUUAGAUCAAAUCUGCUGAAGAAGUUUGAGUGUCUGUAUGAGGGAACAGUGGCACAGGGAAACCCAACACUCCUGAAUGAGAUCUACACAGAGCUCUACAUCACAGAGAGUGAGAGUGGAGAGAUCAGUCAUGAGCAUGAGGUGAGACAGAUUGAGACACAAUCCAGGAGAUCAACAACAGAGGACACAGCGAUCAAAUGCAGAGACAUCUUUACACCUUUACCUGGACAAAACAAAGCCAUCAGAACUGUGCUGACGAAGGGAGUCGCUGGCAUUGGAAAAACAGUCUCUGUGCAGAAGUUCAUCCUGGACUGGGCUGAAGAGAAGGAGAAUCAGGACGUCCAGCUCAUAUUUCCACUUCCUUUCAGAGAGAUUAAUCUGAUGAAGGACAAAACACUCAGUCUGUCAGAUCUUCUUCAGCUCUUUUUCCCUCAAACUAAAGAAAUGGAAAUAUCCAGUGACAAAUAUAAAGUGCUGUUCAUCUUUGAUGGUCUGGACGAGUGUCGUCUGUCUCUGGAUUUUCGGAGCGCUGUGAGGUUAUUUGACGUCAGUGAAUCCGCCUCAGUGGACGUGCUGCUGACGAACCUGAUUGUGGGGAAUCUGCUUCCCUCUGCUCUCAUCUGGAUCACCUCCAGACCAGCAGCAGCAGAUCUCGUCCCCUCUGAGUGUGUCCAUCGAGUGACAGAGGUACGAGGCUUCAAUAACCCUCAGAAGGAGGAAUACUUCAGCAAGAGAAUCAGUGAUCAGAGUCUGGCCAAUACAAUCAUCUCACACCUGAAGUCCUCCAGGAGCCUCUACAUCAUGUGCCACAUCCCAGUGUUCUGCUGGAUCUCAGCCACUGUUCUGGAGAAGAUGUUGAGUGAAGCAGAGACUGCAGAGAUCCCCAAGACUCUCACUCAGAUGUACACACACUUCCUGAUCCUGCAGACCAACAUCAAACAUCAGAAGGACUAUGAGGAGAAGGUGACGGAUGAAGACAUGAUCCUCAAACUGGGGAAAGUGGCUUUUCAGCAGCUCAUGAAAGGCAAUCUAAUCUUCUAUGAGGAAGACCUGAGAGAGUGUGGCAUUGAUGAGGCAGAAGCUUCAGUUUACUCAGGAUUGUGCACUCAGAUCUUCAGAGAGGAGUUUGGCUUGUAUCAGGGGAAAGUCUUCAGCUUUGUUCAUCUGAGCAUUCAGGAACAUCUAGCAGCUCUAUAUGUGCACCUCUCCUGGUUAAACAACAACAGAAAUGAGUUUAAGCAAAUCAACAAACAGAGUUUGUGGUCUAAAGUUAAAGACCAUUUGUACUUGAAUUCAUCACAACCUGUUUCAUUAUCUGAGCUGCAUCAGCGAGCUGUAAAUGAGGCUCUACGGAGUAAAAAUGGACAUCUGGAUCUUUUCCUGCGCUUUCUUCUGGGUCUGUCAGUGAAGUCUCAUCAGAUUCUCCUUCAAGGACUAAUAAAACUGAACAGCAGGUCAAUCCAGAAUAAUAAAACAGUCGAGUGCAUCAAGAAGAAGAUCAGGACCAUCGACUCUCCAGAGAAAUCCAUCAAUCUGUUUCACUGUCUGAAUGAACUGGGUGAUCAUUCACUAGAGGAGGAAAUACAGCAGUAUCUGAAAUCUGGAAGAAUAAAUGAAGCCAAACUCUCUUCAUCUCAGUGGUCAGCUGUAGCUUUUGUGUUUUUGACAUCAGAGAAGAAGCUGAAGAAGUUUGAUAUUAAUAAAUUUGUUGCUGGAAACAAUAAAACUGAAAAACAGCUCAUUUUUAAGAAGAUGCUGCCUGUGAUUAGAGACUGCAGAUCAGUUCAGUUGAGAGAUUGUGGUCUCACAGAUGAAGGUUGUGCUGCUUUGGCUUCAGCUCUGAGAUCAAACCCUGAACACCUGAGAGAUCUGAAUCUGUCUGAGAAUAAUCUAGGAGAUUCAGUGACUCUUCUCUCUGCUGUACUGGAGGAUCCUCACUGUAAACUGGAGAAACUGGGGCUGAGGGAUUGUGGUCUCACAGGUGAAGGUUGUGCUGCUUUGACUUCAGCUCUGAGAUCAAACCCUGAACACCUGAGAGAUCUGAAUCUGUCUAGGAAUAAACUAGGAGAUUCAGUGACUCUUCUCUCUGCUGUACUGGAGGAUCCUCACUGUAAACUGGAGAAACUAUGGUUGAGUUAUUGUGGUCUCACAGAUGAAGGAUGUGCUGCUUUGGCUUCAGCUCUGAGAUCAAACCCUGAACACCUGAGAGAACUGAAUCUGUCAUUUAAUAAACUAGGAGAUUCAGUGACUCUUCUCUCUGCUGUACUGGAGGAUGCUCGCUGUAAACUGGAGAAACUGGGGUUGAUUAAUUGUGGUCUCACAGAUGAAGGUUGUGCUGCUUUGGCUUCAGCUCUGAGAUCAAACCCUGAACACCUGAGAGAACUGAAUCUGUCAUGGAAUAAACUUGGAGAUUCAGUGACUCUUCUCUCUGCUGUACUGGAGGAUCCUCACUGUAAACUGAAGACACUGUGGUUGAGAGAUUGUGGUCUCACAGAUGAAGGUUGUGCUGCUUUGGCUUCAGCUCUGAGAUCAAACCCUGAACACCUGAGAGAUCUGAGUCUGUCUGAGAAUAAUCUAUCAAAAUCUACAGUGAUGCUGCUCUCUGAUCUGAAGCACGACCCAUAUAAUAAACUGGAAACAUUACACAUUGAUUCCCGGUGCUCAGAAUCUGCUGAUGGUGAAUAAGGAGAAAUGUCACACACACACAGACUCACACUGUCUUCACAACACUGGCUUGUUUUUAUAGUCAAUGACCAGGAAAAUGAAAAUGACCAUUAUAUUGUUUCAAAUCUUCCAGAUAUUGAUUAUACUGGAAAAGAGGAUUUGAAAAUGACAAAACUAAAACAUUCCUAUUGUAAUCAGUAA